UAUUGUUAUUUUAUAUGUAGAAAGAGACAAAGUUGAGCCAACGGAGAGUGAAAUAUUUUACUUGAACAGGUUGAAGUCAAUUAUUAGGCAGAUAUCAGAAUCCAGCGAAGCAGUUGAAGAUUCCUCUAAGUUUGAAGAAAUUACGGAUAAAGAACUUGUUUCGAGUUUGACACCGGCCAGCGUCGUGGAAAUACAUACUCCUGAAGCUAAAGAACAAAAAGAAACAGCUGAAACAAACAAAGAGGAAGAAUUAAAUUCUCAGGACAGUGAUAAAAACUUUACACAAGAUUCCUUAAAUGAAGAAGAUACGAAAUUUUUGGAUAUGAUAAUCAGUAUGAUCGACAAUCAGACUAUUAAUUCCCCGGAAGAUGCAGAUAGCAUAUUAAGCACUCAAGAGCUGAUUAAAGAUAACGAGCAAGAAUGUAAUAAAGACGACGAUUUGGAAACUUUAGAAAUGUCUCAGUGUAUAUGGGAUGAAAAUGUCUGCCUUGAUUCGAAACUGAUCAAACGAGGAUAUAAUUUCAGUAAGGAAAUCGAUCACAAAGCUGUACUGGAUAAAUUUUCUUCAGAUUCUCUAAUUAUUCAGCAAGAAAAUCAUUCGGCUUACAGUGCCAAAAAAUUUUCUAGCGAUUCUCUCGAUGAUUUUAUCAUUCCUCAAAUCGACGGAACUCAUGACACGUUAUGUCAAAAUAAUGAUGAUGAAAAGAAAAGCAACAAGUAUCCAGGAAGACAGAUGGCAUGCAAUUCUGCUUCAUCAUGUUAUAUUAAUUCAAAUAUGGAAGGAUCUUGGAUGCAAAAAUCGUCUUCAUCGACACUUCAUAAAAAGUACGAUUGUCAUAAUGGUAUAUAUACUCCGUUUAAUCAAGCAACCUACUGUGCUGCAAAUAAUAGUCAUUAUACCAAUUAUAGUAAAUCAGCUAAUCAGACUGGACUUUUGAUGUGUUCUCAAAAUUUGUCGAACAAUAUAAACUGGUAUUCUAAUCCUAACACCAGUUAUUGUAAUCCAUCUAUAACGUAUCAGUCGUCGACGGAAAGCAAUUGCAUGCCUUUUGUGUCGACUUACAGAAUUACGCCGAUGAUACCGGAAAAUGCUUGCAGUGCCGAUAAAAAUGAAGUUUACAGAAAUAAUCUAAGUUAUUCUCACACUACUCCAUCUACAUCUAAUUAUAAAGAAUUCGAAAAAACAGUUUCGCCUUCAUAUAAAGUGGAAGGAGGUAUGAAGUUCUCUACUAUUGAUACUACUGCAAACUUAAAGAUUUUCUCAAAGGACUUAGUUUUUGGGAAAAGUAGCGAUUGUUCAAAGAAUCAAACUUCGGAUCUUUUUGAUACUCUGAAAACAAAUAUAAAUAAGGUAGGAAUUCAGAUUUAUCCACAUAAAUUUAUAACUGCAAAGCCAAAAAGUAAAGAAGUGUGCAAUAUGUCAACACAAACAAAUUAUGGAUUAGUUAACACCACAGCAAACGAAGAAAAAAAGACAGAAAACGAGAAGAAAUCGAAUCCAAGAACUUUAGUUGUCCAAAAUAUGAAACGUUUACAGUUAUCUAGAAGGCAAGCUCAACAACAAACAAGUACUGUGGAAACAAAAGUUUUGCAAGAAGAAACAGCAAAAACAAAGAAAGUACCAUUAACAAAAGAGAAAAUCAAUAUACCUUAUUAUCCUCUUAUUCAUAGACCAGCACCUGAAUUAAAUUUAAAAAUGAAUAUCUCAAACAUAUCAAGCAAAAAAACAGAAUGUAAAAAUAAUGUAGAAAAAAAUUUGGUCAAACCAAAUAUAUCGGUAACACCAGUCAAUCUUAACAAUCUCAUUUUGCCAUCUUAUAUUGACAAAAAAGAUUUAGUGAAAAUUGGCAAAGAAAAACUAGUACUGAAACGAUUAGGAAAGAAUUAUAUAGACAAGAAUUGUGUUGCUGUUAAAAAUAAUUAUUGCAGCAAUGUUUUAAAAGUUACUAAACAAAGUUUAUCAGCUUUAAAGAUGAGGUUUAAAAUGUCGAGGAUUAAGACAUUGACUAAAGAACUGAAGAAUUCAAAAUCUUUAUUGCCAAAUCCUGCCACAAAUCAGACAAAAGAGAGCUGUUUAUUUCAGUCAUCAGACUUAAAAAACGUCUUAAAUCCUCAAAACGAUAAUCAAGAAAUGAAUCAUUUACCCAGAACUAUAGAUAAAAAGAAACUGCCAUUGAAAUUGACAAUUAAGUUACCAAAUUUGUGCCCAAUUAAACAAACUAGAAUAAGAAAAAGGAAAAGAAAAAAUUAUUUUAAGGCUUUUCAACCUUCUGUCAGUCAUAAAAUAUUGAAUUUAACUAAUGAUGAAGUUGACAAUUCUUCUGCUCUUGCAACGUCUCGAUCAAAACGCCAGAACGUGAAUUAUCAUGCUCAUGCAUACAGUCAUCUUUUAGAAUUUGAUAAAUUUGUAGAGUUACCAGGAGACAGGAGAAGAAUAUUUAUGCCAAGUAAAAAACUGAAGACGGCUGAUUUGAUAAAACAGUGCAAAAAGGUAGAAGUGCGUUUAGAAAGAUUGAGACCGGAGAAUUUGAAUAAAAUGAAUCUUCGUCUCGAUAAAGAAAAUUUAUCGAAACUUCUUGAGACGCUUAAAUCCAAUAACAAUUCUUCAGACCAAAUGUUAAACAGUAAAUCUUACCAGUAUGUUAACAUGUAUCCCAUUUCAGUUGAUGCAACAAAUAAUUCGUCGCCUGAGAAUUAUAAUACAGGAAAUAACGAUUAUAGUGACGAAUAUUCAGACGUCAUGUGGAAUCUUUCGUAUCUCUCACCGAUGACAAAUGUGCAAAGAAAGUCCUCGCCUCCACAGUGUUGGUCUCCAAAUAACAAUAAAAUAAAUAACAAAAGCGUUAAAACUAAAGAUACCCAUACAUUGAAAAAUAAAGCAUCAAAGAGUUUAUCCCAAAAUGAAUCCGAAGAAAGCAAAGAAGGCAUGAUAUCGAUAGCAGAAGAAUCAGGAAAUACCAGCAAUUUCUUGAGUUCUGUUUCUUCUAAAGACCACUCCGAUUCAGAUAUAAAUCUGAGUUCUUUUAAUGAUUCAGUUGAAAAACCUGUGAUAAAUGGCAUUGUUUCAGUGUAUGAAGACUCUAGCGUGUUAUCAGAAAAAAUUAGUGAUGGUGACAAUGAUCAGAAUGAGCCAGAGAGACAAUUAGAAAAUGAUUCCAUUGCUAAUUGCAUAAAUGAAAAUUUAAAAAUAGAUAUUGAAACAGAUAAUAAUAAUAAGGAAAUUAUAAAUGAAGGUGUGACUUUAGAAAUUGAUGAUAAAAAUGAAACUAGUAGUGUAAAUCUUAAGAAUUCUUUGUCAAGAAAGGAUUCGUGUCUGUUAAAUUCACAAGACAUUGAUAACAUAGAUAUGAAUAAAUCUGAUAUUGAGACUGUUUUGAGUUCUGUAGAAGAAAGCACUAUUUUCACGAAAGAGGUAUACGAGCAUAAGGAUGAUACUUCUGAAAGUGAGUCAUCAAAAGAAUUAAGUGAUCUUUCAGUCAAAGUGAAAAAUAAAAAUGAAGAAGAUAAACUGAAAGAUGAAAAUGUAGAAGAUAAACUAGAAAUUAAUGUAGAAUUUGAGGAUAAAUUAGAAAUUGAUGAUACACAAGAUGCAAAUAAAGUUGAAAAUUUACAAAAUAUCAGCACAAAUGAAAAUUAUAAUGAAGAAAUUUCUAUAAUUUCAAAGGAAAAUGUAAGUGAUGAACAGUCAGAAUCCAUAAAUGAAGAACAGCCACAUGAUCCAAUAGAUAAUUCUUUUAAUGAUAAACUACAUGACGAUAAACUUGAUAAAGAAAAUAUGUCCGUUGGAUCGGAUGCAGAAAAUGAAAUAUCAUCAUCAAAUGAGAUAUUUUCUAUGGACGAUGAUGAAGAAAGUAUAUUUUUAACUCAGAAAAAUUGUUCUAGAAGCGAAAAUAAACAAACAGAAAUUCACAAUUCUAGUUUUAGUGUGACGGAUGAACUAGAAAUGUUGCAACAAAAACAAUCUUCUGCCGAAAGUAACUUGAAUGAUUGCUUACAAUUAAAUCUGAGUGAAAGUAGUAAUGAUAGUAAUAUCUUAGCUCAAAGUAAACAUGGUGAUAGUUCAACUAAUUUAAGCAAUAAUGAAAACAAUGAGCCUUCUAAAAAGUCACAGAGUGAUGAAGAAUACGAUAGUUUUAAAGAAUCAAUUGUCGAUAGUGAUAACGACAAAAUUAGUGAACCAGAAAUGUGUUUAGUGAUUUCAGAGGUGAAAAGUGCUUCUACCGACAUCAAUUUUGACGAUACGUUAGAAGAAUACUCUAAAGCAGAAGGCCACUUGUCGUCUUACAUAAGUAGUGAAAAUAUUAGUGAUUCAAUUAUUCCAGAGACUCAGAAAUCUGAAAGUUUUGAUCUAAACACAACAUUAGAUAAUGUGCAGUUUGUAAACAAUGCUUGCUCCUUACAAAAGGAUUGUUUACCAGUAAAUAUGAUGCCCUCAUCUAGUAACGAUCUUGAUUUAUCCCCUCUUAGUCCUGAAGAAAAAAUGAUAUAUGAUUCUGAGGGAAAUAUUGUAUCGGCAAAUACAUUUAAUUCACAAUAUUCAAUAUGUUUGGGUGAUCACAACUUAAAUGAAAGUGAAAACCAGGAUUUUCCCAAAGCAGUAAAUCUUCACAGUGCUAGCAUUUUGAGUAGUUAUAUGUUAAUGAAGAAUAAAUUAUCUAAAUCAGUUCAUGAAAGUGAGGAAAAUUUACAAAUUUCUAAUGAAAGUCAAGAAGUUUUGUCUGGUUCUAGUCACGAAGAAGAGAGAAUUUCAAAUGAAAAUGUAAAUAAAAAUGUUUCACCAUCAUCAUCUGUGAUUGAAGAUUAUACAGAAUCAGCAAGCGCAGAACCAAUAUCUAAUGAAGAAAGUGUAGCUAAAGAUGAUGAAUCUCUUAAAGAUAUAUGUACGCAAUUAUGUAACCAAGCUUGUUUAAUUCACAACAAUAUGUUAGAAACUCAGAAGACUAAAAAUGCUUUACUUGUCGGACCAUUUAAAGAAGUUUCUUUUGUUUUUCCAACCGAGACCAAUGACAAAUUUUAUUCCAAUAAAAGUAAUUUAUCGGCAACAGAAUUACUAAAAGUGUCCGAUUUCCAAACCGAAGCACAAGGUUCUGUUAUUCAGCUUAAUAAUGAAAAAUUAACCUGCAGAAUGUGUUAUGGAACUGCCAAAAAUGAUGAUGCAUCUGUAAAAAUUUAUCAAUGUAAAUAUUGUGAAAACACAAUACAGCCAUUCGAUAUUAAAGGUGAAGAAAUAAUAUCAGAUUGCAUUAAAACAGAUGUGACGUUAAAAAUCUUAGAUCCAGAGAAAACUGAAGAAAUUGGUGAAUGUUCUUCAUCUCUUCAUGAAGAAAAACAAAACCAUAAUGAAAGUAUUACUAUACAAGUUGAAGAAAAUGAUCAAGAAUUAUGUGAGACUUCAGUUAUUGUUAGCAAUAUAGGAGCAGAAAUGGCUUCUGAAUCGAGAAUUCAAUGUCUUCAAGAUCAAGAGCAAGCCAGUAGUCAAGGAUUUCACAAGACUGUAAUUAAAAUUAAUAGCACAGAUACCAAAACAGCCCUAUCAAAUACAGAUAUUGAAAAAUCUGGAUCGAGUAAUUCUGAAUCAAUUAGCAAGAAAGCUGAAUCUUUAAACGAAGCAAAAUUAUUAGUUUCUGAAAAUAAAUGCGAUCCUUCAAAUGAUUUAGUCGAGUCCAAAGGAUCUGAACCAUUUCAAAAUUGUGAAAAUUCAACAGUUUUAAGUUUUUAUGAUGAUACCAUUAACGCAACAAAUGAAAAUCAAAAACUUAAUGAAUGUAUAGGAGUCAUAACUCCCUUACAGUUACCACCUACUUAUAAAGAUGUUAAAGAGACAUUAUCUUGCUAUAAUUUACCAGAAAAAAAAUAUCAGAUUGCAUACUACAGUAAUCCUUUAGACGAUACAAAUAAAGUUAUGGAAGUUGCCGACACGGCAUUAAAAAUACCAACUACAAAAUUAUCAGAAUUAUCAGAAUUUGAUGGUAAAUUUCAGACAGAUGGUUUAGAGAGGUGGCAAAAUUAUAUUCUUGAAAGAAGCUCUAAUAUCAAAUCAUCUCCUGAUUCAAGUUUUUCUGUUUAUAAAGCAAUAAAGCAAAAUCCGAAAUUAAAAGUUAUUCUUUCUAAUAAUAAGUCCACAGUACUGACACCUGCUCAUUUGCCACCUAUUAAAAGAGAUGUCAAGAAAUGGUUAACUUUGCAUGAACUUGCUUCUAAAGUAGCUAUCCAGAGUGAAGAAAAAACAGAUGAUGAUCAGAUUGUUGCAGAAGACAUGCAAGUGGCUCAUUCUUUUGAAGAAAACUCUCAGAAAGAAGUUUCUUUUUACCGCAGUACACCAAAGCUCGAUGGACAGAAAUGUAGAAAGAGAAAACGGAGUAAUUCAUGGAAUGGAGACGAAACAAGCAAAAACAGUAAGUUGUCAUCUAAACGACGGAGAUUAUCAGAAGAUUUUCUGUUGGAUAAUAUGCUAGAUAUUAAAUUAAGUGAUGUUUUUCCUACAAUAUCACCGAUAUGUUCCUUAACUACAAGCAGGGAAAAAGAAAAAGUUUUUAAUAAAAAACGAAAAUUAUCCAUAGAAUUUAGUAAAUGUGAAUUAGAUAAAGCUGAAUUAUUAAGUGAACAUUCUUUGCAACCAAAGCUAGAUAAAAAUAAAAAUUUUCAUAAUCAGAUAAAGAAUAAAAUACUUAGCAGUUACAGUUUAAAUUCUGAUAUAGAAGGACCUACACUGUCAAAUAAUUUUAAAGUUAAUUUUGGAAAUAUUCAAGAAACUAAUGUAAAUAACCAGCACCAGUUUCUUACAACCAUGAGUAUGGAGAUACACAUGGAAACAAGGGAAGAUCUUCGACCGGAUCCACAACACGAUUGUAUCAAAGCUCUCUUUUAUUGUAUAAAUAAUGAUUUCCCUGAAGACUGCAGCGUCCCAAGAGAAGUAAUAGGGAUGAUAAUUGUCGGAAAUAAACAGUCUUCAGAAGUAGAUGUAGAAUCGCCACUUGUCUGCAAUAAUUUUAAAAAACAAUAUUCCAACAAUAAAAGAAAUUUAUUGGAAAGGUCUGGAAUUUUCAGUCAUAAUACUGUUUACGUUGUGGAUGAGAUUUGCUUAUUUAAAGAAUUUAUUGAAAUAGUGAGAAAAUGGGAUCCCGACAUAAUAUGUGGCUACGAAAUUCAAAUGUUAUCAUGGGGUUACCUCAUUCAGAGAGCGGCAUACUUAAAUAUGAAUAUGUACAAAUUUCUUUCUCGAAUUCCUGGAGCAAAACCUGAUUAUGAGUGUGAUAAUGUCCUAUCCCAGAAAGACGACCCAGUCGUAGAACCUAUAUCCGAAUUCAAAAUUAUAGGAAGAGUCGUACUCAAUGUAUGGAAAAUAAUGAGAAAAGAGGUAAAUUUAAAUAUCUAUACAUUUGAAAAUGUUGUUUAUCAUGUUCUUCAUUUGAGAAUUCCUCAGUAUUCUUUUCGUUCUCUCACUCAUUGGUUUGAUUAUCAAACCGAUCUCUUCAGGUGGCGCGUUAUAGAUUAUUAUGUCACCAGAGUUAAGUAUACCAUGAAUUUACUAAAUCAGUUAGACGUAAUUGGACGUACCAGUACUUUAGCUCGAGUGUUCGGUAUACAGUUUUAUGAAGUUUUGAGUCGAGGAUCACAGUUCAGAGUCGAAUCUAUGAUGUUGAGAACUGCAAAGUCGCAGAAUUAUAUCGCCGUUUCGCCCAGCAUACAACAGCGGGCACAUUCUAAAGCACCCGAGAGGUUUGCAUUAGUCAUGGAACCUGAAUCUAAGUUCUAUACUAGUCCCGUUGUGGUUUUAGACUUUCAGUCUCUCUAUCCCUCGAUGAUUAUAGCCUAUAAUUAUUGUUACUCUACAUGUCUCGGACGUGUAGAACAUCUCGGAAAUAACAUUCCAUUUGAAUUUGGAUGCACGUCAUUAAACGUCCCUCCAUUGUUGCUCAAGAAAUUAGAAAAUGAUAUUUUAAUAUCACCAAACGGGGUGGCAUUUGUAAAACAUCACAUACGUCUUGGCAUUCUUCCUAAAAUGUUGGAAGAUAUUCUGAAUACUAGAAUUAUGAUUAAGAAUGCAAUGAAAGAAUAUAAAGAAAUUAAGCCUUUAUAUAAACUAUUGGAUGCCAGACAACUAGGUUUAAAACUUAUUGCAAAUGUUACCUAUGGUUACACCAGUGCUAAUUUUUCAGGGCGCAUGCCUUGUGUCGAGAUUGCUGACAGUAUUGUAGGAAAAGCCAGGGAAACUUUAGAACAAGCAAUUAAACUUAUUGAAACAACGACAAAAUGGAAUGCAAAAGUCGUAUACGGAGAUACGGACAGUGUUUUUGUUCUCUUAGAAGGCAGAAGUAAGGAGCAGGCUUUCAAAAUUGGUAAAGAAAUAGCAGAAGCUGUUACUGCUAUCAAUCCUAAACCAGUCAAGUUAAAAUUUGAAAAGGUUUAUCUUCCAUGUUUAUUACAAACAAAGAAAAGGUAUGUGGGUUAUAUGUAUGAAACUCCAGAUCAGGCAGAACCCAUUUUUGAUGCAAAAGGCAUCGAAACCAUUAGAAGGGAUUCUUGUCCAGCUGUUGGAAAGAUUUUAGAAAAAUCUCUGAAAAUCUUAUUUAAUACCAAAGAUGUAUCACUAGUAAAGAAAUAUGUUCAAAAACAACUUCAGAAAUUAAUAAACGAGAAGGCCAGCCUUCAAGACUACAUUUUUGCAAAAGAGUACAGGGGUCGUUCUGGAUAUUCCAGAAAUGCUUGCGUUCCCGCUUUAGAAAUAGCAAAGAGGAUAACGCGCAUCGAUCCCAGAGCCGAACCUAGAGUUGGAGAACGGGUACCUUACGUUGUAGUUUAUGGUUCUCCCGGAUUGCCAUUGAUUCAACUCAUACGACAACCUCAAGAACUCUUGCAGGAUCCGGGACUUAAAAUCAACUCAAAAUAUUAUAUUGGACGAGUUAUAUUGCCUCCACUCCAUCGGGCUUUUUCCCUAAUUGGAGUUGACGUCACAAAAUGGUACGACGACAUUCCACAUUUGCAGAAUUCCAUAAAUCGCAUUAAUCCACAAGGCCAGUGUAAAGGAACGUUGUCACAGUAUUUCACUCCUCUGAAUUGCGCCAUUUGUAACGAAUUAACAGAUCAAGGAAUUUGUAGUGACUGUAAGAAGGAUUCCCAAUAUGUCGUUUUUAUUCUGAAUGAAAUGAUUAGGAAAUGGGAAAGGAAAUUCCAUCAUCUUUCUCAGAUUUGCCAAACCUGCACAAGGACAAGAAAUGAGACAAAUCACUGCAUAUCUCUGGAUUGUCCCAUUUUGUUCAAGUUGUGUUUGUCCAACAGAGACUUGUCUCAAGUUACUUAUUUACGACAAUUACAGAGCUCUCUAGAUUUCUAAAUUUAGUAAAUUUUCUUAAUUUAAUUCGGCAAAACGAAAGUUUGAACUCAGUUUUUCAAAAGUAAAUAUAUACAUAUAUAUUUUUCUUAUGUUAGAAUGUUCCUAAAACCGUGCCUUAGAUUGACGUAGUUGUCAAAAAUAUUGGAAUUAGUUAAAUUUCUAGCAUUUUUAACAAGUUUUAGAAUUUUUAUCGUACAAAGAAACAAAAGAAUAUUUCCACAAAUGCUUGUAAAGUGCAUUUUUAAUUGUAAGUUACUCUUUAAAAUAUUUAUGGCUA